AUGGGUGGCAUAAAUAGUUGCUUUCCAACAUCAGGUGAAACGAGUUCGAUAUCCAGUCCUCCUCAUCAACAUCGUCGUCGAUAUUUUCUGCCCAGAUCAAAGUUCGAUCAACCACAAGCAAUUCUUCCAAUCAAUGUAAAUAAUAAUAAUAAUAAUAAUAAUAAUAACAAUUCAAUCAAUCUGAAUACAGCAACGGAAGAUGAAUUAUUAUUGUUACCGGGUAUAACUCGUCGAAUCGCACAAGAUAUUCUUCGAUAUCGUCAGUUAAAUCAUGGUUUUAAGCGUGUCAACGAACUUUUAUAUAUCAAUGGAAUUCAUCCUGACCUCUUCGAUCGCAUUCGACCUGAUAUUACCAUAGAUUGUCUAUCUCAACAAAUCUACGAUAAUAAACAUGAUUUGAUUAAUCUAAACACAGCUACCUACAACCAAUUAUUGACUAUUCCUGGUCUAACACCAAUUCUGAUCAAGCGAAUUCUCCAACGACGUGAACGAAAAGGUCCAUUUCGUUUCAUCGAAGACUUACUAAACAUCAAAGGAAUUGACUAUGUCAUUCUAGCAAGUAUUCGUGCUUAUGUUACCGUCGAAUAUCGACGCUUACCAACAUCAGUCAGUGAAUCCUCAAUACUCGAUCCAUCGGUUCAUAAUCUCUAUCCAUCAUUGAACAGAAAUAAUAAUACAACGUCUGAUUCACUUUCUAUGGCAUCAUUGUUAUUAGAAACUUUACCACCGGAGUUACAAACAAUACUUCUUACAUUAAAUCCUCAACGACCUUCGUCAGUCUAUGAAAGUAAACAAACAAUUUUGCGUUUUGCUUCUUGGAAUUUACAACAAUUAACUAAUGAAAAAGUGCAAAAUCCAGGUGUACGAGAAGUUAUUUGUCGAACUAUACUCGAGCAUAAUUUUUCAGUUAUUGGUAUCCAAGAAAUAGGAAAUCGGGAAGCACUCGGAUAUAUAGUUGAAGAAUUGAAUAAUCCAACGAUACCGUUGAUUAAAGAUUGGCCACAUCGUCAUAAUGGUCAAUGGAAAUACACAGUUAGUGAUGUCUCUGGCCGAAUGUUCCAAAGUAGUGAAUAUCUCGGUUUUAUCUAUGAUGAAUCAAUUGGUAUUGAAUUGAGAAAAUCAUCAUUAUUACCAAUAAAGAAUUAUUUUACACGUUUACCUUUUAUUGUUAUCUUUCGUAUCUAUGACAAAUAUGAAUUUGUUUUUGUUAAUGUCCAUUUGAAAGCACGACGACUGGAUGAAAACGAAAACGAACGAACGAAAGAUGAAGCUUUAUCGUUGUCGAUUUUAGCGGAAGCGAUGAGUGAUACUAUUGAACAAAAACAUACAAUCAUUUUUGGUGACUUUAAUCUCGCACCAACUGCAUCGGAAUUUGCUGCAUUAGUCCAACGAAACUAUUCGUAUGUUAUUCAACAGAAUACAAACAUCAGUUUGAAAACACCACAAGGUUCAACAUGUGCAGAUAACAUUUGGCUUUCCACUGAAGUCAAAGCAUUGAGUACAAAUAAAUCGGGUGUAAUUCGAGAGAAUUUAACAAGUAUGUGGAUACCUGCUGGUUGGACCUGGGGUGGUUUAGUCAGUGAUCAUUGUCCCAUUUGGACUGAAUUUGAUCUUGCCCAAGAUAAUGAUGGACAUUCGCGUUGA